UCCUAACAUUCCAAUGUAGUUCACAAACCCAAAACUAGCAAGAUGGCUGCCUGAACGAGUGUGAAAAUUCUAGUGUCGUGUAAUAAUUCGUGUGCAUUUGUUCAGUGCAAAUAAAAUAUUAUAAUUUCGAAAUCAUUCGCGUGUAUAUUUGUUUUAUUAAUCGCGUUACCAUGUUUUAUAUUUCGUUCUAAAUUCUUUUUGUUUGCAAGAAUUCGUCUCGUGUACCAGCAUAGUAGUUCUCUGUGUGUGUUUUUUCUCUAUAAUUUUUUUUCUAUCUCGGAUAAAUUUUCAACUACAUUGCGAAUAAAUUCUAUCAGUGAUUAUUGUAUCAUUUGUUCGUUCAAUAUCCGUAUUCAAAUCGUCCAGUCUGCAAAAUAUUCACCAUAAUUCGGUACAUAUUCGGCCAUAUUGGAAAUUAUCUCAAGAGCUACCAAUCCGAGCGAUAAAAAAGAGUAUAAAUGCGCGGUAAUCCGAUGGCUCAGAUGAAAUAUGUGUACACAUAGUCGUUGGUUAUUCGAGAAAAUAUAUUAAUCUUUCGAUAUGUUUCCGCGAAAACGUUGUAGGUAGUGGUUAAUUUAUCUUACCUACAUCACUACUUGUGUUGGAAAUCGAAAUCAAAAAAAAUCGAGUAUUUUUCUCUAUAGUGUGUUCGUUCGUUGGUUUUUUUUUUCGAAAUAAUAAAAUGAUAUUAUAGUAAAAAUCGAGUGUGCGUCGUUGUCGCGCGAUUUUUUCUAAUGUGGGCCAUAGACGGCUCGCUUCGUUAGUGAUGGGCCAAGAGCCCAUAAUAUUAAACAUGAACCCUGCAACAUCCGGCAGAUCGAAUACCCGAGCUUCGGGAUAUCAUCAGAAGGCAUUAGCUGAGAUUCGCAAUUCGCUGCUGCCGUUCGCCAACGGCGGAGGAGCCAGCAGCAACGAUAAUUAUUCCAGCGCCGCUAGCACAAUCUCGACUAUAUCGACGACAUCCGGCGUUAGUUCGGCAUCCGGCCUGAGCAGUAAUUCGAACGGACUCGACAAUAAGGAUUUAAAUGCGCUGAGACAAACGUUGACGCAGAUCAUCAGCAUGGGAUAUACUGAGGAAUCAGCAUUGAGAGCACUGAAGCAAUCCAAUGGCACUUACGAAGCAGCGGUGAAUUACCUCAAACAGCAACCGUCGCCGGUAGAAAUGUGUAAUGGGCUUGGGAAAUCGUCUGGUGCGGGAGGCGUAUGUCUGGGCACGAAACUGAUGCGCAAGUCGAGCCUGGAACGCGAGAUCAGCGUCCACCGCAGCAGUCCGGCCGCCACCAUGGAUAGCGGAGCGGGCAGCAGUCGAUCGGACAGUCCUCGUCAGCUGAACGAUAUCCUGGGGCAUCAACUCGUCUCGCGCCAAUACUCACCCAGCAAUUUCUCAGAACCACCGCCACCGCCUCCACCCCGUAACAGUUCCACUCCACCACCGCCUCCGCCACCUCACGCUUACCCGAACGUACCAUCGAAUAUGCAGCAAAUGUUGAAACGCAUGUCUCCGGCCCCUGUGGUACCAUCGCGACCUCCGGCACCCACACCCACCGGCCCUUGUUCGACGCCAAAUCACCAACGAGGCAAUAGCCCAGUGAGCGCGGUAGCCGGCCGCCAACCGAUGAUCAUCCAGAACGGUCCGCAAGUGCAGCAACAGCUGACGCAGCAAAUCCAGGCUCUAAGCCUUUACCAAAACGCUCCGGGCGGCGGUGUCGUCGAUCCUCCACCGCCGCCUUAUCCGAUCGUGGCGUCAACGGGGGGCGUCGCUUCGCCGCCACCUCCUUCUUACGCCAUCAGCAUACAGAAUCGGCAGAGUCCGACGCAAUCGCAGACCGGAGGCGAUUACCGGAAAUCGCCUUCGUCCGGUAUUUACUCGGGCUCGGCGUCGGCCGGUUCGCCCAGCCCGACGUCCAACGUAUCGUCGCUGGUCGGAUCGACCGGGUCGGUGCCGGCCGCAUCCGUUACCAGAGCUGCGCCGCUACCCGGAUGGAGCGCCCGCCAGGCGAAAACGCAGCCGCCCAUCAUCAUGCAGUCGGUCAAGAGUACCCAGGUGCAGAAACCCGUCCUGCAAACGGCCAUCGCACCCACCGCUCCGUCUUCGGCCACAGCAGCGACGGCAGCAGCUGCGGCAGCCGCUGCAGCAGCAGCAGCUGUAUCCGUAUCUUCUCAACCACCCCCUCCUCCGCCAUCGUACGCAUCGUCCAUACAGCAAAAGCAACAACAGUCUUCGCCUCAGUGCCAGAAAGCCGUCAGCUCCAGUCCUUGUCCACCGCCUCAGCAAGCCUCGCUGUCCACAGCCUCACCCACCGUGCCCACCACCGAACCCCCCAGCUACGCUAGUACCAUGCUCCAACGAGCCGUCAACUUACCCCCGUACAAUUCCAGCGCCAAAGACGAAGCUCUCAAUAACAACCUGGUCAACCACACGAACCACGUAAACUCCUCCUCAGCUACCAACAACAACAACAACUGCACCAGCCCCAACAACCACAACUGUAACACGCCGACGGACCAAUUGGUGGCUCCCAGAGCGACAUCCGCCGUGCAUCCAAUGCUGCAACGUAAAUUCUCUCCGUCCGAAUCGCGAUCCGAAAGUCCGGCUUCGGCUUCUUCGGCCGAAUCGCGAACCCCUCCUUUACCACCCUCCGCCUCAUCGUCGGCCAACUGCGUGCAGAACGGCAUCGACAAAAAACCGUACAAAAUCGAUCACCAAUCGCCCAUACCAGAGCGCAAACACAUGUCCAAAGAGAAAGAAGAGGAGAGACGUGACUGCAAAGUACGAAUAUACUCGCCGCAAGCUUUCAAAUUCUACAUGGAACAGCAUAUCGAAAACGUUCACAAAUCGUACAAACAGCGGCUCUUCAGACGAGUACAACUCGAGACUGAGAUGGCCAAAAUCGGUCUCAGCGCCGAAGCUCAAUGUCAAAUGCGUAAAAUGCUCUAUCAAAAGGAGUCCAACUAUAUUCGACUCAAACGUGCCAAAAUGGAUAAAUCCGUCUUCACCAAAAUCAAACCGAUCGGCGUCGGAGCUUUCGGAGAGGUCACCUUGGUGCGCAAGAUCGAUACCAACCACCUGUACGCCAUGAAGACCUUACGCAAAGCAGACGUACUCAAAAGAAACCAAGUAGCUCAUGUCAAAGCUGAAAGAGAUAUUUUGGCUGAGGCUGAUAACGAAUGGGUAGUCAAAUUGUAUUAUUCGUUUCAGGAUAAAGAUAAUCUGUAUUUUGUGAUGGACUACAUACCAGGAGGCGAUUUGAUGAGUUUACUUAUAAAAUUUGGAAUUUUCGACGAACAAUUAGCGAGAUUUUACCUAGCCGAACUGACCUGUGCGGUGGAAAGUGUCCAUAAAAUGGGCUUCAUUCAUCGAGACAUUAAACCGGAUAAUAUACUAAUCGAUAGAGACGGUCAUAUCAAGUUAACGGAUUUCGGUCUAUGUACCGGAUUCAGAUGGACUCAUAAUUCUAAAUAUUACCAAAACAAUGGCGAACACAAUCGUCAAGAUUCGCUGGAACCGACGGAAGAAUGGAUAAACAGCGCCGACUGCAAAUGUUACCCGACGAAGCCUUUGGAAAGGCGACGCAAACGCGAACAGCAUCAACGUUGUUUAGCCCAUUCGUUAGUAGGCACCCCGAACUACAUCGCUCCCGAGGUGCUGCUGAGAACAGGAUACUCGCAGCUUUGCGAUUGGUGGAGUGUCGGUGUAAUCCUAUACGAAAUGCUGAUCGGUCAGCCGCCAUUUUUAGCCAAUAGUCCGGCCGAAACGCAACUCAAAGUCAUCAACUGGGAAACGACGCUGAAAAUCCCUCCACAACCUAAAAUCUCCCGCGAAAGUAUCGACCUCAUAUUAAAACUAUGCACCAGCUCAGAUCGCAGACUCGGUAAAAACGCCAACGAAGUAAAAGAGCACCCAUUCUUCGCCAGUAUCAAUUUCAAAGAAGGAGUCAGACGUCUUACGCCGCCAUAUACUCCGAAAAUUCAAUACUCUACCGAUACAUCCAACUUCGAUCCAAUCGAUCCGGACAAGCUGAGAAAUUCAACAGCAAACGAAUCCGAAAGACCAGACGAGCUAACCGGCGGAGGACCUUUUCACGGAUUCUUCGAAUUCACCUUUCGUAGAUUUUUCGACGACGGUGGCGCGGUACCUUUUCCAUCACGGAUCAAUCUCGAUGAAAAUGAUAAUCAAGGAGCAGUUUACGUGUGAAAGGUAACAACGAGGCCGAAUUGUGAACUUGUGCUUGUCGUAUCGCUGCCAUUAGCGUGCAUCUAUGUAAAAGGUAGAGAGAAAAUUGCCAUAUGUAUUGAGCUGCAUAUUCUCCAAUUUUUGGAGUGUUUUUUUUUUUGAGAAGGAAUUCUAUUUUUCUUCUUACUCUCUAUCUGUGUUUUUACAUACUCGUAUAUCCGUUGUGUCCGUUUCCUUGUGGGUUUUCAUCAGCCUCGCUGUUUAUUUCUCUGCUCUUUAAUAUCGAGUUCGCAUCUCUAAUGUCUCGAUAAUAUAAUGGAGAUGAGUGAUGCAUUUUACUUAUAACAUCGUCUAGGUAUUUAUUGUUGGUAUGUUUCCUCUGGAACGGGAAAUGUACGCAUGUUGAUGCUUUAGUGUAUCGUCGUUCGUUCGUUUGUUUUUUGAACGACUCAAUUUGAAUUUUGGUCAGAUGUAUGUUUAAUAACGACAGACCGAACAACAAAAACUACAGUCAAGGUUGAUGUACGAAUUUGUCUACGUACAAGAGCUAUUUCAGACACCAUCACCUUCCAAAAAGCCACGACGUGAUCUAGAAAAUACCUAUUUUUGGCAAUUGAAAAGAAAAACUGACUAAGGAAAUUUUCAAGGACCUUCUAGUUUGAUUCAUCAAAUCAUUGAAAGAAAAAACAUUAAAAUAUAUGGAUGAUUUUCAUUUUUCAAAAAGAUUCAUUAUUCUGCUUUGCCUCUUUGGUUGGGAAUGAAAACACAAUAAGAAUUUUAAAGUCUUUCGUUCAAUCCCAUUCAUUCGAAAGCCCUGGAUAUUCCCCCUCCUCUCUUAUUGAUGGAACAUUUUUUUCCCAAAGACCACCAGACCUGUGUCAAUUUUGAGCUAUUUUCAUCGAAAAACAUCAUUCUUAUUGCAGAAAAAAACCACAAAUUUUUGUCAAAAUACAAAAAAGGCAAUUUUAUAUUGACUCUCUAUCGAAAUAUUUUUGAUCUUCUUUCGAAAAAACCAAUUGUAUGGUGAUUUUUCCAAAAUACCCAUGGAAAUCUCCCAAGCUAAAGCAGCAAGUUGUCAGAUUUUUUGAAGCUGAAAAUGAAAAAUAGAGAAAAAAUUUCAAGAAUCAGAAAUCACGGUGGGAAUGAAAACAAUGAUAAUUUCACGUUAAUUUGAAAAAAUUGCAUACAUUUUUUUCAAAUUAAUAUCGAAUUAUCGUCCAAUCAAAAAUGUUCGAUUAAUAACAUGGAAACUUUGAAAAAAAAAAAUCGUUUGAAAAUCAAAAUUUGGGUAAAAAUGGAAACUACAACUAUCCUUCAUUAUGGCUUAAAAAAAAUCAUGUCGCUGGCAUCAAUUUUCAUUUUUCACUAUUUUAUUCAAAAAAAAAAAAAAGUUGGCUAAGAAAUUAAAAAUUUUUUAAAAUGUGAAAAUUGUUCAAAGAAAUACCUAUCGUUUAAAAAUCAAUAUGGUUAAAAAUGGAAACUACAACUAUCCUUCAUUAUGGAUUAAAAAAAUCAUGUCACUGGCAUCAAUUUUCACUUUCAUUAUUUUAUUCAAAAAAAAAAAGUUUGCUAAGAAAUGAAAAAUUUUUAAAAUGUGAAAAUUGUUCAAAAAAAUAUCGCUUGAAAAUCAAAAUUUGGGUAAAAAUGGAAACUGAAUCUAUCCAUCAUUAUGGCUUAAGAAAAUCAUGUCCUUGGCAUCAAUUUUCAUUUUCAUUAUUUUAUUCAAAAAAAAAGUUGGCUAAGAAAUUAGACAUUUUUUAAGUGAAAAUUGUUCAAAAAAAAUAUCGUUUAAAAAUCAAUAUGGGUAAAAAUGGAAACUACAACUAUCCUUCAUUAUGGCUUAAAAAAAUCAUGUCACUGGCAUCAAUUUUCAUUUUCAUUAUUUUAUUCAAAAAAAAAAAGUUUGCUAAGAAAUGAAAAAUUUUUUAAGAUGUGAUAAUUGUUUAAAAAAAUAUCGUUUGAAAAUCAAAAUAUGGGUAAAAAUGGAAACUAAAACUAUUCAUUAUUAUGGCUUUAAAAAAUCAUGUCCUUGGCAUCAAUUUUCAUUUUCAUUAUUUUAUUCAAAAAAAAAAAAAGUUGGCCAAGAAAUUAGAAAUUUUUUAAAAUGUGAAAAUUGUUCAAAAAAAUAUCGUUUAAAAAUCAAUAUGGGUAAAAAUUGAAACUACAACUAUCCUUCAUUAUGGCUUAAAAAAAACAUUUGACGUAAUGAGAAAAAAUCAACGAAUUUUCAAAAAAAUCGAUCAAUUUUCUAUCAAGUUUUCAAAAGCCUGAUUUCUGAAUGACUCUCGAGGCAAAAAACAUAUCCAUAUUAAUCGUUUCGAAAUCAAAUAAUAUUGAUCAAAAUGGAAAGUGAAAUCAAUCAUUAUUCAUUAAUUAAAAAAAAUUGACGCCAUCUGCAUCAAUUUUCAAUCUCCCUUCAUUUUUCACACACACAAAAAAAGACUAGCAACACUUGCGAAUUAGAAAUUUCCAAAAAUAAAAAUGUUUUCGUUUGUAAAAAUAUUGAAGAAAAGUAGAACCGAACCAAAGUCUUUGAUCAUUGCAUCAAAAUUUUCAAUUCUUAUUGACUUUUUUUUUUUUUCUUUUUAAAUGGGUUGGAGUGGAAAUUGACCCAGAAAAGAAAUUAGAAAAAUCCCUAAAAAUGAAAAAAAUAGUUCAAAAGGGAAACUAUAAUCAUAAAAUCAACUGCUUUAGUUUUUACUUUUUCAUAUUGGAAGAAGAGUGGGGGGGGGGGGGGGGUUAAAAAUUGAAGAAGAAUCGCUCCAAGAAAUUUUUAAAAAUGUAAAAUUCGUUAAAAAACCAACAAAUUGUUGAUGAAAAUGUGAACUAGAAUAAUCUACAUAAAUGUAUCAUAAGUUUUGUGAAAAAAUCAACUUCAACUGCAUCAGUUUUUCAAAAAACUUUGACGAGUAUUUUGAGAAAAUUGGUGCGAAAAGUUAUUUAGAAAAAUGAAAAAUUUCCAAAAAUGGAAAAUAUUACCCAAAAGUCAAAAAUUUUGUUGAAAAUUGAAACUAGAUUCGUCCAUCGUAACUUGCUUUUAAAAAAAAACAUAUCAAUUUUUUGGAAAUUUUCUUGAAAGAAAAAUUUCCAAAAAUGGGGGAAUCGUUCAAAAAUCAGUAUUUUGAUAAGAUAGAAACUGGAAUCUUACACUUUUUCUUGAGAAAAAAAAAACAAUACCUACCUAGGUACCAUUUUACCUCGAAAAUUUUCUUUAAAAAAAAAAAAAAAAGCUGUGCCAGUAAUUUGGGCCAUGUGCUAAAAUUUUCAAAAUUCCUAUACACAGAAAAAUCGUUUGAAAAUCAAAAAAUCCAUGAAAAUGAAAACUAAAAUUACCAACCUCGAAAAUCAGCUGAAAUUUUUCAAAAAGUUUAAUUUGAAGUGCACAACUUCUGGGGAGUGAAAUUUUAAAAAUUCUAAAAUUUACACUAUCAUCACAAAAACAGAAAUAUUCCCAAGCAAUAGGAUAAUGAACGACCAAUACAGCAGAAAAUUUUCAAAAAUUCUAUUUUUUUAAUCACAAUAAAUGUAACUUUGGAACCCUAUUCCAUGGACUAAAUUUUAAAAUUUAUCAACUUUUUUGCAUCACAAAAACAGACCGAAUUUUCAAUGUAAAUUUUCUUCACUUCAGUGAAUUAAAAUUGAGAAGUAUUUUUGAAAAAUGAAAACUUUGAAAUUUCAUCAGUCAGUGAGAUUAAAAUUGAUAAAUUGAAACACCUAAGAUUUCAGCACAUAAAAGUUACCUAUGUCUGAAUGGAAUGGUGAAAGGUCGUCUGAAAAGCCUGCAAAAACACUCAUAAAUUAAUUGGCUUUCUACUUAAACUUGAAUAAAUUAAUAAAUGAGAUAAAAUUCGUAUGUACCUGAUCAUAUUAAGAACUCGAUUCCAAACGUGGAAAAAAAUCAUAAAAAAAUAAAUUCGUAAAAUGGAUUUAUUUCAAACAACGUGCUUUUCCUGCUGCUGAAAGAAUUCUUCUCCUUUACAUCGUUGGAUGCUCGUCUUUGUUGGAAUUCGAUUUCCUCAAUCGUUAUGUCUUUCCUUUGGUAUAGUAAAACGGAUAAUUAAUGUGUAUUAACGUGGUAUCUACUCCUAUAUUCAACUUAUUCAGUAUUUUACUAUUGCUGUUUGUGUCUUAUACUACUAUUCUGUGUUUUUAUACUACGUGCUGUAUUCUUAUGUACUUGUAUCACAUACAUAUCUUACUUGAGUCAUUUUAACCAAAGCUGCAAAGUAAUCUUCUAGAGCAAGCUCAUGCUCAAAUUUAACGAUGAGAUAUCCUUGUGUAGCUUUACAAUGAGUUAACCAAUAGAAAACGUUUGAAUUACAAUUCGCUCAGUUUUGAAUGGAACUUAUUAAAAAAAAAAAAAAAAAUGAAAAUGGUUGAGACGAAAGUUCAUUUAAAUAAUUUUUUUCAAAAAUGAAAUCGAUGAAACUGUUAAACUUUUCCAGUGACGAAUACCGGUUGAAUUAUUCAACUUGUACCUAGCUUUAGUAUAAUCGAAGGUGGAUUUUUAUCCUUUUUUUUUUUUUUAAAUUCCUUUCACAAGAAUGGUUAAUCUUUUUAUAUUUUGGAUUUACUUCUGUGUUCUAUUUUGUAUUUUUCUGAAUUUUAUUUUUGAUUCGUGCCUUUAUUUUUUUUUCACAUGAAACAGUACGUCAAUUAAGUACAUCGUGUUAAAUAAAUCUGAUAAUUUUUUUUUCAAGCAAUCAUAAGACUGUUAUUCGUUCUAAUGAUAAUCAGCCAUUUUUUUAAGGAAUAGAUAUAAUUUGACAAAUAUUUUUCAAACUAAUUCGCUAUAAUAUUACGUAUAUUUUUUUUAAUCGAGUGUAACUGAUGAAUUUUUUCUAUUUUUAUUGAUAUAAGCCAUCAUAUUAUUACGCACACUCCAAAUUUCUCGUUUCCCCGCAGCGUAACUUUCUUUCUAGUCACAACACAAGUAAGACGAAUUUAAUAAAAUGUUGAAUUAGAAAAUAAAAAUAAUGAUUUUUUUUUCUUCAAAGCAAAAAAUAAGAUAAGCAGUAAGAAGUGCAAAAAAAAUUUUAAAUCUGUUUUUUCGAUCGAAGAAAUUUUUUGUUUUUAAAUUAGCAGGAGAAAAUAUCAGCUGUUUUAAAAUCGAGUUUAUUGUCGUUUGCUCAAUAACGUACGUAAGUUUGUUAUUUUUGUUUUUUUUUGUACUGUUCGCGCAGUUAGUCGAGGGCAAUUUAUUAUUUUUUUUGUGUGUUUGCGUGUGUAUUUUUAUUAUUGAAAAAACAAAAAGUCAUGUUUUUAUGUUUUAUUAUUUAUUUUAUUUUUUUCUUUUCAUUGUUUUUCGAAUGUACAUACGAUAGGAUUUUCUUCUUUUCUUCUUCUUUGAUACCUGUUUGAAAAUUGUUAUUUUUUCUCUCAGCUUUAAUGACAAUUAUGUAUAACUGUGAUUUAAAAAUAUAUUUUUAUGUAAUUUUAUUACUAUUUUUUUUUUUUUUUACAUUGACAUAAAAAUUAGUACAAAUUACAUUGUGUAGAAAAAAAAAUUGAGAAAAAUUUAAAUAAAAUAUUAUAAAUUGAUUAUUGUUACCUGUUUUAAUACAGUUUUUUUUCUUCUUGUGCGUGUGUAUAUAAUUUGUAAAAAAAAGAAGAUUAUUUUUUUUAACGCGUUGAUUUUUUUUUUGGUUAUGAUUAUUUUUUUUUCGAGUGUAAUUUACACGAUAUACAUAUGUAUUAUAUGUAGCUAGAUAUGUAAUUUAUUAAAUUAACCCCGAUUGAAAAAUGAAAAAAAAUGAAAAGAAGUUGUUUGUGUGUGACGAAAAAUGUUGAAGAUGAGAAAAAAAAGAAAAUAAAAUUGAAAAAAAAAUACGUUAGAAUUCGUGUAUGUGUAUUUAUUAUAUUUAUUUUAAAACGAUGUUCAAACAACAAAAUAAUUCGCGAAAUAAAAAUGUUCUAAAGGCUGUGUAA